AUGACAACAAUUGAUCCCAAAGUUAAAAUUGAGAAGUUGUUAACGAAAGCGGGUGCAGGUCCUUCGAAAAAGUCUAGGACCACAAGGAAGCCUGAGAUUAUCAUUCCUAGGAAAACUGUUAAAGAAAUGAUGACAUUAACAUCUUCAAAGGCGAAGGUUGAUGACAUAGUUUCAAAAGAUGUUGUAAAACCUGUUGAACCAGUUGUUACAGAGCCAACUUCAGUAACCAUUCCUUUGAAGACAGGAGUUUUUCAUAAAUUAAAGUUGAAUUAUGGUGGUUCUCCUACUUCGAAUGUGGUUCUCAAGCCUCAUCUUACUCACCAAGGAUCACAAGCAGACAUGGGAGGAGGAAGUUCGACUUCGAAUUUUGAAAUGGAUGCGUUAAUGAAAGAUUUUUUAGGCCAGAAUGAUGAGUCGAGUGUCUGGAAUGAUCAGAGACUCAGAAUCCAGAAUCCUGGAGAGGAUUAA